AUGUCAAUGUACGAUGAAGAAUAUCGUUUAAUAUCUGAACAACGAAAACAUCAUACAUCACCAUCAUUGGAAAUUCCUGAAUCAUCCGAAAUUUUACGACAACAAAAAAAACAUCAAUUAUUAACAAGAAAACAAAUAAACUCAUCAAAACUAAAUAAAGAUGAAAUUAAAUAUCAACGAUUUGUUCAUGGCCUUCAAAAAGAGAUAAAAGUUUACAUAAAUCAAUCAUUACGUGAAAGUCGUUUCAAUACACGAGUUAAUCAAUGUUCAGAAAUAAAUCCAUCCUUUCCAACUAUACGAGAUACAUUCAAAUCAAAACGUUUAGGUUCAACAGUCAGUUCUCAGAGAAUAAAUGAAACUGAGACAAUUAUCAGUUCUAUUAGCAAUCGACAUGAUCCCAUGUCAAUACUAAAACAUAACGAAACAAAACGUCUUACAGCUGAUGUUCAAACAAUUCUUACUGGACCAGCAAUGAAAAGCUUCUAUCUCCAAUUUAUUCGACCUCCACGACAACAACACCAUCAACGAAAUCCAUACGAAACAACACUGUUAUAUGCAUCUGAACAAUAA